AUGGACAAAGUCGAGCUUGCUGUUGCUGAGCCUACCCGCCAAGGUAUAACAUGGCAAGCCGGUCCUACUACAGUACAGGACGAGGAGUCAGGGCAGGCGAGAGACCGUCCAGGCACUGGUGUGUCGAGGCGGCGGUCUCUCUCUGCCCAUAGCGUCCGCUCCAGAAGAUCUCUCGAUGCAUCUGCAACAAUCCCAAUUCAAUACCGUACGCUCUCGAUAGAUGUACAAGAAGCACAAACUCGGAACAACGCCGAGAGGAAGAAGGAUGCUGUGACCCAAGAUCUCGCCGACAUUGACUGGCACACGCUUGACAUUGACAUCCUCGCCCGGUCUCUUUCCACCUCAUUGAAGGAUGGACUGUCUGCUGAGCAGGCCGAGCGCCGCAUCAAGCAGCAUGGCAAAAACGUGCCAUCCCCUCCAGAGACCCAUCAUUUCAGAGACAUUAUGGGUUACCUCUUCAAAGGGUUUGGCCCGGUUCUGCUCGUCGGUUCCAUUCUUGUUUUCGUCGCAUGGAGACCACUUGGCGACCCUCCAGCAGCCGCCAAUUUGGCCCUGGCCAUCGUUUUGCUUGCCGUCUUCUUCAUCCAGGCCGGCUUCAACAUGUGGCAGGACUGGUCCUCGUCUCGCGUCAUGGCUUCCAUCAAGACCAUGUUGCCCGACGAGUGUAUGGUCCUCAGAGACGGCGUACUUGUCAAUAUGUUUGCCGCUGACAUCGUUCCUGGCGACGUCUUGGUCAUCAAGGCCGGCAACAAGCUUCCUGCGGACGUGCGCUUCUGUGAAGUGUCUUCUGAUGCCAAGUUUGACCGGUCCAUUUUGACAGGCGAGUCACUUCCUCUGCCAGCCACGGUGGAGACAACGGACGCCAACUACCUCGAGACAAGGUGCAUUGGGCUGCAGGGCACGCACUGCGUCAGCGGGACAUGCCACGGAAUCGUUGUCGCCACGGGAAACAAGACCGUCUUUGGCCGUAUCGCCAAGUUGACCAAUGAGCCCAAGAAGGGAAUGACGACUCUCGAGCGCGAGGUGCUCAACUUCGUAUGGAUCAUCUGCUCCAUCAUGGUGCUCAUGGUUCUACUCGUCAUCAUCCUCUGGGCCGCUUGGCUCCGGAGGGAACAUCCAGGCUGGAUCAGCGUCUCCGGUCUGAUUGUCAGCUGCGUGUCAGUCGCCGUUGCUUUUAUUCCGGAAGGUCUGCCUGUAGCAUUGACUGCCAGCUUGACCAUCAGUGCCAACAUGAUGCGCAAGAACAAAGUGCUGUGCAAGUCGCUCAAGACGGUUGAGACGUUGGGUGCUGUCUCGGUCAUUUGUUCCGACAAGACAGGCACGCUUACAGGGAAUAAAAUGGUUGUCACCGACUGCGCCCUUGGUGGCCAAACUCAUACGAUCGAAGAGGCCCAUGAGCUCCUCAUGACACACCGAAGCAACAACUCAGAAGAGUGCCUCGCUGGUAGUGCCCUGGACCAGCUCCGCACAAUUGCCGCCCUGUGCAACGCCGGAGAGUUCGAUGCCGCCACCCGAAACCUGCCUCUGGAGAGCCGGCGAAUCAACGGUGACGCCACGGAUCAAGCAAUCCUCCGCUUCGCCGAAACCAUGGGCUCGGCCAUGGCGACACGUCGCUGCUGGCAGACUCGUUUCGACCUGGCAUUCAACAGCAAGAACAAGUUCAUGAUUCGCGUGGUGAGCAACUCGGACCCCAACGGCCUGGCAGACGCCCUUUCUCCCGAUACCGUCUCCGUCUUUGAACCCGGUGAUCUGCUCCUGACGAUCAAGGGUGCCCCGGACGUCCUGCUCAGUCGCUGCUCCAAGUACGUAGGCAGCAGUGGCGCCACAUUGAAUCUCUCACCCGCCGCCAGGGAUGAAAUCGAACGGGUCAAAAAUGAGUGGUCAGCACGGGGACGCCGCGUGCUGCUGCUGGCCCGCAAAGUCCUAUCUAGGGGGUGGGUCAGGAACAGCCCAUCGUCACCCGCUUUUGAGCGCGAGGCCUUGGAGGUUUCGUCGUCUGGCUUGACACUGGUAGGGCUUGUCGCCAUCGCCGAUCCGCCACGUCCCGAGAUCCCCGGCGUUGUGAAAACUCUCAGGGGAGCGGGUAUCCGGAUAUUCAUGGUCACGGGUGACUUUGCCCUCACGGCCCAGGCUAUCGCCCGCGAGUGCGGCAUCAUUACGAACCCAGACAGUGCCGUCCAUGACGUCUCGGCGCUAUCGCGCGAUCCCAAUGAGACAACGAACAAGGGCGUCCUCGACGAUGACACUCCACCAGUUCACAAGUCAAUCGUCAUCUCUGGCGCUGACAUGGCCGGCAUGCUGUCAAACCAGUGGGAUCAACUAGCUGCCGAGUUCAGUGAGGUUGUCUUCGCACGCACGACGCCCGAGCAGAAGCUCCGCAUCGUCCGUGAGCUUCAAGCCCGCUCCAACAUCGUCGGCAUGACGGGAGAUGGUGUCAACGACGCCCCGGCCCUGCGCGCUGCCGACGUCGGCAUCGCGAUUGGUGGCGGUUCUGACAUCGCCGCUGAGGCGGCCGACAUGGUUUUGCUCGAAUCGUUCGGCAGCGUCGUCGAGGCGGUGCGGUACGGGCGGACGACGUUUGACAACCUGAAGAAAACCAUUGCGUACCUAUUGCCGGCUGGCAGCUUUAGCGAGUUCUGGCCCGUCAUGACCAAUGUCAUGUUUGGGCUGCCGCAGAUUCUGAGCAGUUUCUUGAUGAUUAUCAUCUGUUGCUUCACCGACUGCCUUGCGGGCAUCGCCAUGGCCUACGAAGCUCCUGAAGCCGACGUGCUCAUGCGGCCCCCACGCAGAGUCGGCGUCGACCACCUCGUCGACUGGAAACUCGUCGUGCACAGCUACGGUAUUGUUGGGCUGAUGGAGACAUUUGUCUCUUUCGCCAUGUCUUAUUGGUACCUGCAGCGGCAGGGUAUCGCUUUCUCGAGCCUGUGGUUCGGUUUCGGAAAAGUCCCCGACGGAAUCGACCAGGACUUUUAUAACAACCAGCUGAAUGUGGCAAGUUCGAUAUACUUUGUCACCCUCGUCGUCAUCCAAUGGUUCAACCUGCUCGCCAUGCGGACGCGGCGACUAUCAAUCUUUCAGCACCUGCCCUUCUUCAACAAGGAGACGCAGAACCUCUGGAUUGUGCCCGCUGUCCUCUUCUCGCUCGUCAUGGCUUUCUUCUGGCUGUACAUCCCGCCCCUGCAGGUCACACUCGGCACUACCGCCGUGCCCGUCGAGUACUGGUUCCUGCCCAUGGCCUUUGGCCUUGCGCUGCUGCUUUUUGACGAGGGCCGCAAGUACGCGGUCAGGGCUUGGCCCAAGGGUAUUCCUGCGAAGAUGGCUUGGUAG